CUGACAGUGAAGGAUCUCUUUCAGCUCUCUGUGUCUUCAGACAUUUGCGGUUAUUGAUCUUAACCUAAUUGUCAGAAUGAAGAUCGCAGCCUUCAAUGUCAAGAAUCUUGGAGUGAGAAAACUCAACAAAGAUAUUGUACGAAAGAAUCUAAUCAAGAUUGUGUCUCGGUACAGUGUGGUGGUGUUACUGGAGGUCCGGGAUCCUAACGGCAGGGCACUGAACAAAUUUCUCACAGAGCUCAACAGACAAAAGGGGAACAGCUCUCGUCCAUACAAGAUGGAGAUCGGUGCCCCAGUAGGACGACAUUCCCACAGGGAGCAGUUUGUCUUCUUCUACAGACAGGAUGAAAUGAGUGUGAUUGACCGUUACCAGUAUGAAGAGGAAAACGAAGAUGUGCUUGCCAGAGAGCCCUUUAUUGUGCAGUUUCGCCGCCGUUCAGCCAGACUUGUGAAGAAGCUUGUUCUGAUUCCCGUCCACACCAAACCAAAGGAUGCUGAACAUGAGCUGCGUGCUCUUCAUAAUGUGGUCCAAGAUGCAAGAAGGAGAUGGGGCACUAAUAGCAUCAUGAUUUUGGGGGACUUCAAUGCGGAUGGACGCUACCUGUCAAACACUAAAAGGACAAACAUCAGAAUGAGCUCUCGACCCUACCUUUGGUUGAUCGAUGAAGACGCUGACACCACUACUAGUGACCUUAAUGACCACACAUAUGACAGGAUUGUGGUGUUUGGAAAGAGGAUGAACGAUGCAGUUGUUCCUGACUCUGCAAAGCCUUUCGACUUCAAACGAGCGUACCACCUAACUGAUGACACAAAACAGUCAGUCAGUCCCAUUGAUAGCAAGGACAAUUCGAAAGGACAUCAUAGCCAGAUUGGUGAAUUCCUGUUCUUAGUUUUCUGCAUUUUCUACAGAAAAGCAUGUAAGGGGUUAAUCACAGCCGCUGAGUGCCCGCCCCCAGGAUCCGGGUGCCCGCCCCCAGGCCCCGGCUGCAUCUCAGAGCUGGGAGAAGGCGAGGCGAGACAAGUGAGCCCUGUGGAACUAUUUCAAAGUGAACGAAGACGCGAAAACAAAGGCAGACUGCAAAUUGUGCUCAGCGAAAUUGUCCAGAGGAGGCUCUAA